GGUUCCUAUUUGAUGACUAAUGCAAUCAGAACGCGCCGCAUUUCGCGCCGAGUCAACAAAACUUCCUUUUAAUCAGUGACUGGCGCUACGAAACACAUAACAGUUCUCCCGUGUCCCAGGUGACUUGGCCAAUGGUCGCACUGCCAGCUUAGAACGCUGAUAAACUUUUCUCAGAACAGUGUACCGGCGACAGGGAUGGCGAUUUCACGGCAGCUCAAUUUCAGGGCCAUUUCGGUUCUUGGUUUAUUGUUUUUCUGCGGAAUUGCCGCAGUACAUGACCCAUUCGCUUUCGGCCUUAGAAGCGAAUGCGAGCUUAUCAAUCUACCUCGGUGUGGAAAACUACAGAGUGGAUUUAUCAGUUUACCAAAUCCAUUUGGUCAUUGGACUCAAUUGGAGAUAGUCAACAGUUCGAACUACAAAUUCCUUGAACGAGCAAGUGAGGUACUUAUGACACAAGCAGAGUCAGUACACAGUGAGGAAGCAUCCAAUGUAACGUUCGAAGAUUUUCAACGUUGCGAACAACAGAUACACCAGUUGACUUGCGCUGUGAUCGCGCCGAAGUGUUUCUUCUUGAGUCGACUUAGCGUGAGCAGCGUACCUCCUUGCAAGAGAGUUUGCGUCGAGGUACGUGAGAGAUGCAGCGACCUGCUUAUUUCAGGCGGAUUGCAAUGGCCCGUAUUUCUCGACUGUCAAGAGUUCAUAGAAUGCGACAUUGAAACUGUAUGCAGAGGAAGGCGAAGUGUUUUGCCUCCCGUGUCAAAGUCGGGCGAACGUAGACAUCAUUUCCACAGGUUAAAAAGGCCAGCACGCCUCCCACCAUUCCAGUUCAAACACCAUUCUCAAAUGCAUCUAAAAAGGAUGUUAAGGAAGAUAGUCCACGCCUGUCCGGACAUUACUCGCUUUUAUGAGAUCGGAAAAUCCGUGGAAAGGCGACCGCUGUGGGUGAUUGAAUUUUCAGACAACCCUGGUCAACACGACGAACUAGAACCUGAAGUGAAAUGGGUCGGUGGUAUCCAUGGUAACGAGGUGCUUGGAAGAGAAAUGCUGAUAGCGUUCGCUCAUUAUUUAUGUCGGGAGUGGAAAUCUGGCAACCAGAGAAUCGUAAAUAUGAUCAAAACCACUCGCAUUCACCUCAUGCCGACCAUGAAUCCAGAUGGAUAUCAUAAAGCUGGUCUUCAGCCAAAAUAUCGAAGGGAUUGGUUAACCGGUCGUUAUUCCAAGAAGGGAUUUGACCUAAACCGGAAUUUUCCGGAUUUGACCGCCGACAUGUAUCACAACGAGAAACACGGUGGACCAAACCAUCACCUUGAGAUUCCUAUGGAAUAUUGGCGAAGUCACAGAGAGGACCAUCUCCCGGAGAUUCAUGCUGUGAUAAAAUGGAUAAAAAAUUACCCUUUCCUACUAUCGGCUCAGUUACACGGAGGGGAAUUAGUGGCGAAUUAUCCUUACGACAUACGGAGGAUAUCAUCUGGCAAAUGGCGUUGGUUAAGCGAAACUCCCGACUACGCCGCUUGCCCGGAUGAUGCAUUAUUUCGAAUGCUCGCAUCUACAUUCGCAGAGAGCCAUGGCACAAUGGCUAACCCAAUUCUAAACCGAUGUGAUGGGAAUUUCGGUAGAACGGGUGGCAUUACUAACGGUGCUGACUGGUACACAGUACACGGAGGCAUGCAAGAUUUCAAUUACUUACACACCAACUGUUAUGAGAUAUUGAUUGAGAUCGGGUGCCAAAAGUUCCCACCAGCUUACGUGUUGCCAGAGGAAUGGAUAAAUAAUAAGGAAGCGUUCAUCGCUUAUACCGAAAAGGCUCAUGUAGGUAUUAAAGGUUUGGUAACCGAUGCUUACGGGGUUCGAAUCCCAGAUGCGGAAAUCCAGGUUGAAGGAAUUGAACAUCAUAUUACAACAACUGAAAACGGGGAGUAUUGGCGAUUACUUACACCUGGGAGUUAUUAUGUUUCUGCGGUUCAUCCCGAAUACAGAAUACACGGUCAAUUUGUGGAGGUUUUGAACAAACCCAACACGACGGAGGCAAAAAGAGUCGAUUUUGUGCUUCAUACUGAAGAAGAAUGGAAUAUAAAACUGCCGAAAAUCGGACAUCUGAAAAUUCUUCCUGCACUGGUGACACCUCCGACACUUGUGGAAAGCUUCACAACUGUGGGAAACUACAACAUAACAGAAGAAACACCUCUAAGUAUUGCGCCUAAUAUUGCAGAGGGGAUCUCUGUUUCACCAAACCAAAGUUCGUUUGAAACGCAAAAGUUUACUGAACCACCAACACUAAAGAGUACUGAACCAAAAAGGCCAAAAAUAAUUAAUUCAACGAAGGAAUCUACUUCUACGUUUGUUGAAAUAGUAACUAACACUUCUGUGAAUCCUCAAAUGGAAUCGACAUCAGAAACUAUAACGAAUAUACCAUCCGUUCUCGGCACGGGGAAAUCAGCAAACUUAUAUACAACGUCUUCACAUGGACUCUUGGAGGCUGAAAAUACGACGGCGGUGAAUUUGCCAUUAUCUAUAACUGACCAAAGCAAUGCAGUUACACGGUUUGUUAGGAAUAUGACAAGUGUCGAAUCUGAAUUGGAGAAGUCCCAAAGCACUUCACCAUUUUUCAUCGAGAAUAAUUCUUCCUCCAGCAAGCCAACUGUAAUGUUGAAUGUAUCGGACACUUCGUCUUCAGCUUUGUACACUUCAGUGAAGAAUGAAGCUUCAACCCAAGGUAAUGUAAUAGAUAACAGGAUGAUAGAACUUUCAACACAUUACACGUCAAAUGUAAAGACCAGAUUGUCCGACAUAAAAUUUGACCAAAACCAACAAACUGCACCUACAUUGGUUCAAUCAACAAACAGUUCACUUUAUAGUUCCAAUGCGACGGAAACUUCCGUUCGUGAUUUAGAAAACGACCUUAUUGAAAUAACAACAGGAAAACCUUUUCAAGUAAAAAAUAAAAAUAAAAAUCGGAACGAAACUUCUACCACUACGUAUCGAACUCCAAAAGUUAUACAAACCGAGGAAAGUUCUUUGGCCCCGCAAAAAAAGUAUGCAACUCUGCAUUCCUCGAAUCCUUUCCAAAUUAAUACCAGUGCCCACGGUUGGAAAGAUAUAACUGGUAAAACCAUUUCAACAGCGAGACCCGAAUUUUAUGCGAGCAGUUCUGCUAUGGGUACUGAACACUCAAUCGAGUCGAGUGGUGAUUCAGAUUACAAAGAUUCUCCAUCUUUCCAAAACGGAGGAAAACCCACUAAAGAUCAUAGGGAUUUGGAGGAUCAGAAAACAGACCAUACCGAAGUCGAUAGUUAUAGGCUACAGACAUAGCCACCAUCACUCCAACGCCGCUUUUUUACGUAUAGCCAGAAAAAAGUCGAACCUUAUCAAACAGGUGUAACAACCAGCUUAGAAAAUGGAGACUUCGAAAAAUCAAGGGGAUCAAUUCUAAUACGAAAAAAACAACAAAAAAAGACCCGAUAUAAGGCCAUUAAUUUUAAACGUAUUACUUGCCAAGUUUGAUUUAGUUUGAACUCCUCUUCGCAGAAUUUGCCCAGAGCAAAUCAUCUUUUGGUUACUAUACAGU